AUUGAUUUAUUUUUAAUCGUGACAGUUUUCAUUUUUAGGACAUGAAUUAUAGUACGUCACACACUCAUCGCAUAACCUCAAGUAAGCUCACAUCAUGAAAAACACUGACAUGUAGUAGAUGUACUGAUUGAGUGAACGCUGAGAGAUUUGACUACAUGAGGCUGAAGCCUCUAAUGUCACUGAAGUUUCUGCAUGUUGUCCAUCCUCAUCAUUCACAUCCCAGCAUAGGAUAGCCUCACUUUUUGCAUGCCCUGACUCCUCCCCCUCCAUGCCUUUGGCUCCUCCCACCCCUGAAAUUCGCUUGCGAAAACUUGUUGAUGAGAGGGAAAACUUAAUAGAGCAGGUUAAGAGAUUGAAAGGUCAACUUGAGCAGAAGAAACAGAAGAAUGGUAUAGAGGACGUGUCCAGCCCAGAGGGAGAUGUGCUGGAGAAUGGCGCUGACUCCAACAUCAUGGAUAUACAGAGGGAUGCCAACAGACAAGUCAAUGACCUCAGAUUUAAGCUUGUCAAAUCAGAGCAAGAAGUCACAGCACAUGAACAGAAUGUCACAAGGCUCGAGGGUCAGGUGACCCGUUACAAAGCCGCAUCUGAAAAUGCAGAGAAGGUGGAGGACGAACUCAAAGCUGAAAAACGCAAACUGCAGCGUGAGUUACGCUCUGCACUGGACAAGAUUGAAGAGUUGGAGUCCAGUAACAGCCAUCUCUCGAAAAGGCUGGAGAAGAUGAAGAGUGGCCGGGCAACAGCAACAACUCCCUAAUGGUUUCAGAUCUGCCCCAUAAUCUGCCCAAAAUCACCAUUCCCAAUGGGCAUUUCCUAUCAUUCUGCACCUUAUGCAAAGUUAAUAAAACUAUAAACAAGCUCAUGAGAACCGUGAUACAUUAUAUUCUGCAACCGUGCCAUUUCCUCCUAUUUAUCCAUUUAGCUUGAGUUCUUCAUCUUUGGAGAACCCAGUCAGGACUUUCUGAAGGAUGCAGGAGGACUCUUAGUGUUGCUUCAUUCAAAUGCACAAACACUGUAGUUCAAAAAGUUAGAAUGGUAAUUGUCACAUUUGAAUCUUGCUGUGACUGAAUUGAUUCAAGCGUAAUGUGCAAGGCUUCCCGAGAUUAUUUGGAGAAGGAUCUUAAAAGUUACUCUUUGAAAUUCUGAAUGUGAAGAUCAGGACAUGUUGUCCAGAUCUAGGAUGUCUGGGUGGUCAUUUGUUUGAUUAAAGAUAAAGACACCCGUUGCUUCACUAAGACAAGACAGACAAGUAUGUAUGAUUGUGCGUGUUUGAUGCUUUCAUGUGUUCCACUCUAAAAUAUAUUUAAUUAUCACUAGUUGAGUCGACUAGAUCUUCCAUAUGUACCUGAAGCCAAAGGUUCUUGAGUAGUUUUACAGCUGUUGCCAUCUGUGUUCUUUUAAUUAUGUGUUUCCUCUAAUGAAUUGUCUAUAAGGGGCUUCCUAACAUGUCAGAAAGACUGAUGUGACAUACAUGAGGAUGAAUACUGAUUCUUAGUGCAUUUUGUUGUUGCAUUGAUGGUGAAAUUCAACCCUAACUGAACCACAUAAAUCAGGAAGUUGUUCAAGGAUUUCAGGCUGAGCAGCAACCUUUGGUGCAUUAAUUGCUGAAGACUGUUGUGAUCACAAAUACCAUUUAUUAUCACCAUCCCCGAUGAGAGGCGGCCCCACCCUGUUUACAAUGCUUUAAACCAUUUAUAGGUUAACUUUAUGAAAACUGAAGUGUUAUGUUAUGAUCUGCAAUAAA